AUGCCUCCUGAAACUCUAAGUAAAUUCGAUAAGCGAAUAAAACGUAAAAUUAUUGCUGCUGCUGAUAACAUUAAAAGAAAAUACACAUCAUUAAAAUUGGAAAGGAACGAAGAAGAUGACGCAAUAACUAAAUUUUUCAAUCCCAUCAAAGAGCCGCUAAUCAAGUUAGCUGAAAAAACAAACAAUACAAACGUGAAUAUUAAAACAGAAAAAUAUGCUUUUAAGAAUGAAGGGUUAAAAAAUGAGGAGGAGGAGGAAGAAGAUCAAGAAGGUAUUGAUUUCAAACCUAAAAAAAUUAGAAAAAUCUCGAAAUAUGCAUCCACUUCAAGGCCAAAAGAAGAAGUUUUUGAGGGUAGCCCAUCGUUACCCCCACUACCAAUUUAUUCCAGAAACGGCUUUGUCCUAUCUACUAUUAUUGCUCAAAAGAGUGAGAAUUUAAAAAGUGAUGAUGAUGAUGAUGAUGAUGAUGGCGCUGAGGAUGUCUUUUAUGAACCCUUACAACAUUUGAAAGAAGAUCUGCAGAAAUCAAUUCACGAUAGAUCAGGAGCGUAUGAAGAAUUUUUAGAUCAGUAUCCCAAAGUAGCACAAGAGUAUGUAGAUAGAUACUAUAAACAAUCAGAUGAAAUAGACCAUUCUUAUGGCUUGAAACAUGAUAUGAAAACCGAUGAUUGGUCUAUGGGAUCACAAAAAGUCAACUUUCUCCCGAAUGGAGAUAUUAAAGUCGGGGCUGUAUCUUAUAAAGGAACGCAGGGCUUAUAUGAUCUUUUAUUUCUGAAAAAGCCGAUCUAUCAGACAGAGGAUGAUAAGUUGCAGUUUACGGAUAUUCUAAACAGGACCAAUGUUCAUCGAAGAGAUUUUGAUCCAUCCAAACAAGUUAAAGGGUCCACAUCUUCAAAAUAUAGACAGUUUGUUAAACCUUUGGUCUCAUCUUCAUCUGAAGCAAAAAGGCUUAAAUCAAAUAAACAAAUUCCCAGCUCUGAUAACAACAUUGCUACAAAAGAAAAUGUUGUUGCUGCCUGCAACAUAGACCUGGCACCGAACCUGGCCCACGUCUUGGAACGGGAUAAUGGAGGCACUAGAGUUUCAGUUUUAGAACCAGUGGUACUAACUUUUACCAGCGUGAAUGAGGAAGCUAACGUUAAUGAAAGUGCGCCUCUAAACAACAACAACCUUCCUAGCCAAGACAACCCAAAACAUCAGCUGAAAGAGUCUGUUUCUAAUAUAUUGAUAACCAGUCCUGGUGAUAUUCCGCUUGCGGAAAAAACAUAUACACUUUUGGAACCUGUGGAAUUAGCAUUUACCACCAUGAAAAAUAACUAUGAGGAAGCUAACGUUAAUGAAACUGUGCCUCUAAGGCAAGCAGAGUAUGACCUCGGAAAUAGUCUGAUAGUCAGCAACCUUCCUAGCCAAGACAACCGAAAAAAUUCACCAACACCCAAUACAGAAAUCAUAGGGAACAGGAAUUACUUGGCAAGUAAUGAAAUAAGGAUAAGUUCAGAUAAUCUGGACGGAAUUUGCACUGAUAAUGCAGAAAGUUUGCAAGUGCAGAGUGAGCUCAAUGGAGACAGAACUAGGGACUCUGAACUGGUGGGGGAUGAACCUGCAUAUGAUUCAGACGAUUCAGUGGCUGAUCCCACUUACGAGCCUGUUCCCAUUAAUGAGCCUGUUCGGCAUCAUGUAGUUGCUGAUUCGCCUAGUGAAUCUGAAAAUAACUUGCAGGAAGCGAACUCGUAUAAAGGAAGACCUAAAAAAGGAAGGAAAAGGAAAUUUCCGGAACAGUCCCGAGAGGAAGGGAAAAAGAGAAGAAAUAGUAACUUGUCUCAUUUUGACUACAAAGGGCGUGAAAAAGCAUCAAGAAGAUUUAUAGAUUUUGAUUGCCAAUGUAAGCUAAAGUGUAGAGAGUCUGUUUCUAUUGAAGAACGAAUGCAGGAAUUUGAAAAAUUUUGGGCCUUACAGUCGUAUAACUGUCAAACUAAUUACAUAGCAGCAGCGGUUAGCCAAGUCCCUAAAAAGAGAAACUACGGGAGAAAUACCGAGAGACGAAACUUCUCCAGAUGUUACAAAAUAAAUGAUAAAGUUGUGUGUAGAGAAUUAUUCAUUAAAACAUUAGGCAUUUCUCCUUGCCGGGUUAACACGGCUCUCAAGAAAUUCCAUGGUGCCGCGCCAUUAACAGACCAACGAGGCGUUAAUCAAGGCGGAAAAAAUAAAAUCCCUGAGCAUAAGGUGGAUGAGAUUAUAAGUCAGAUUGAUAAAAUCCCUAAAUAUAUUUCGCACUAUUCACGAAAAAAAACUGAUGCAAAAUUUCUGCCCCCAGAUGUAACAGUCACUAAAAUGUACGAAAUGUAUACCAGAGAGUGUCAACAACCUGUGAGUAUUACAAAAUACAAGCAAAUUUUUUAUUCAAAGUUUAACUUGCGAACCAAAGAACUUAAAAAAGAUACAUGCAAUAAAUGCGACAGUCUCAAAAUGAAAAUCGAGAAUGAGAAAAAUGAUGAAAAGAAACGAGAAUUGACUGAACAACAUAAACAACACCUUGACGAAGCUGAAAAUGCCCAAGCCUUGAGAAGAGAAGAUUUUAGAACAGCUAAAGAGAUGGAUGACUAUGAGUGUCUUACUUUUGACAUGGAAAAAACUUUGCCACUCCCACGAAUCCCAACUAACAUUGUAUUCUACAAAAGACAACUUUGGAUAUACAAUACGGGUGUACACAGUGGAAAGGAUGAUCGUGGUUACUGCUACGUUUGGGCUGAAGGUGACGCUGGAAGAGGGGCCCAGGAAGUAGGAUCGUGCUUGAUAAAACACGUUCAAAACAAUUUAAAACCCGAAGUUGAACAUUUAAUUUUGUGGAGUGAUUCUUGCGGAGGUCAAAAUCGUAAUAUUAAACUGACCUUAAUAUUAAAAUAUAUUUUGCAUUCAUCACAGCAUCUUGAAGACAUCACUUUGAAAUUUUUAUGCUCAGGUCACAGCUUCUUGCCAAACGACUCGGAUUUCGGUGACAUCGAAUCAGCUUUGAAGCACCAACAACAGUUGUAUCUACCUGCAGAUUAUAUAAACGUAAUGAAACUCUGUAGAAAGAAAAACCCACUUAUAGUCACUGAGAUGUCUUCGAAAGACUUUUUAGGUGUAACUAAGGUGGAAAAGAAUAUAACGAAUAGAAAAAUUUCAGUUGAUGGUGAGAAAAUUAACUGGCUGAAUAUAAGAUCUAUAAAAAUAGAAAAAAAUAAACCUUUUUCUUUAUAUAUCCAACAAAACACUUUUGAUGGUCCCUUCGAAGAGGUCAAUAUACAGAAAUUGAGAAGAGGACGGCAACCUGAGAAUCAAGGCGAUCUAUUUCUAGAUUUGGACCUCUUGUGGCCUCAAGGAAAAGCUAUAGCUGAGCCAAAACUUGCCAAUUUGCGAAAGGAAAUGCCAAUAUUGAAGAGGACAUUGAUGGCUUCAACACCGAAAAUCUUGACUUUGCCAUUGAAGAGAACUAAGUUUUUAUAA